UUGAUAUCAAAGCCCUCAUGUGCCAAAAAGGAUUUCAGGUAGUAGAUUUGAGUAUUGAAAAGCAUGAUUCCCAAGAAGGACAUGAAAACUGUAUUUCUUGGAAGCAUCUUUCUUUCUUUUUCCCUAUGUGGGUGAUAGCUUUAAAAACAAGUAGUAAUUUAUUUAUUUUAAAAGCAUAAUAAUAAUUGAUGUACUACAGACAAAAGAAAUCUGAGUUGGUGAAACUGAGCAUUUUUAUAAAAAGAAGAAACGAUAAUAACUGAUCGAAUGAAUUCGUUUCUCCUUUACGCUUUGUGCUUCGCAAUCGUUAUCGCGAUUGUUCACUUCAAAUUCAACCUUACGCCACCGUUAUUCGGAUCGAUUCUCAUCGGUUUUUGGAUCAUCAAGAUGAAAUUUCAUCGCCGAUUUGGAAUCGGAAUUACUUGUUUCAAGAAUCCCAAACCGAAUUCGAAGGCGGAGAUUGACGUUGAUGCUGAGCUUCUUGAGGUUCCUCCGCACCUUGUAAUCAUGGUUAAUGGCAUCGUUGGCAGUUCUGCUGAUUGGAGGUUUGCCGCGGAGCAGUUUCUCGAGAAGCUUCCGGAUAAAGUCAUCGUCCACCGCAGUGAAUGCAAUUCUUCAAAAUUGACGUUUGAUGGUGUUGAUACAAUGGGUGAGAGGCUAGCUGAAGAGGUACUAUCUGUUGUUAGUCGCUGGCCAGGGUUGAAGAAGAUCUCCUUUGUUGCACAUUCUUUGGGAGGCUUGGUGGCAAGAUAUGCUAUUGCGAGACUUUUUGAAUACUCUUCAACAUUAGAAUCUGAAGUUACCAGAAGAAUUUGCAAUUGCAAAGAGGAGACAGAAUGUACAAAGAAUUGCAUUGAACAGAAUUAUGAAGCCCGAAUAGCUGGUUUAGAGCCAAUGAACUUUAUAACCUUUGCAACUCCGCAUCUUGGUUCAAGAGGAAACAAGCAGCUUCCAUUUCUUUGUGGCCUUGCUUUCCUUGAAAGAAGAGCAUCUCAAACUGCACACUUAGUUGUAGGGAGAACUGGAAAGCAUCUCUUCCUUAUGGACAAUGAUGAUGGAAAGCCUCCUCUUCUCCUCCGAAUGAUUGAGAAUUCUGAUGACUUAAAAUUUAUGUCAGCUCUACGUGCAUUCAAGCGCCGAGUAGCAUAUGCAAAUGCAAACUUUGAUCAUAUGGUUGGAUGGCGCACCUCAUCGAUUCGGCGUCAGCAUGAACUUCCAACAUUUGAUCUUCAAUUAAUUGAUGAGAAAUACCCGCACAUUGUACACGCCAAAGUUGGGACUGUUGAUGAUCUUUCUGCCAAAGAAUCUACUAAUGUUGGAGACCAAACAAUUGACACAGAAGAGGAGAUGAUAAGGGGUCUCACUCAGGUUCCUUGGGAGCGUGUGGAUGUUAGCUUUCGGAAGAGUAAACAACGGUAUGUUGCUCACAGUACAAUCCAGGUGAAAACCUAUUGGUUGCAUUCAGAUGGUUCCGAUGUGAUCUUCCACAUGAUAGAUAAAUUCCUUAUCUAGUCUCUAGACUUAUUGUUGAGUUCAGAGUCAACAGAUCAACCUUGUAGAUCUCCUGCAGAUUUUGAUAUUUGUACAACACAAUGAGCUGGAGCAACUUCUAUCACCUGACAGGUUUCAUAAAUAUCAUAUCAGUAAAGAAAUGAACUUGUGUUACUAAUAAAGAAAAGGAAAAAAACGGAGUGUAUGUGAUGAUAAAAUGAGUAUUAUUACCUCAGCAGAUAGGUCAAAGUAUGAUCUAGAACUUCUAGUCAUUGUCUGUUUUGGGUGCAUUUUCAUCUGAUAUUAAGAGUCAAAGUUCAUUUGUUGCGA